UCUGAUCUUCUAUCUUCAUCAGUUCAUUGGCAAAUCAAAGCUAAUUAUUCUCGGAAAAAUGGCUUUGGCAAAUGGACAGGCAUUUUUGUUACUUUUAGUUUUCUCACUCAUGUUUGGUGUUAGUGUGGCCAACUUUAACUACGGACCUUGGGGUCCAGGAAACUGGAACAAAACCAAUUGUCCCAAUGGUAAUAAUCACCCAAAUGCUACUCAAACCUCAAAUAAAUUCAACGUUGGUGGUUCAGAAAAUUGGCAUUAUGGCUUCGAUUACAUGGAUUGGGCUCAUAAGAAUGGCCCUUUCUUUGUCAAUGACACAUUAGUUUUCAAGUAUGAUCAGCCAAGUUCGAACGGUGGAUUUCUGCACAGUGUAUACUUAUUACCAAACUAUUGGAGCUUCAUCAAGUGUGACUUCAGAAGGGCUAAGAGGAUAGCUGAUCCAAACCAGGGUGCAGGGGAAGGAUUCGAGUUUGUGCUGAAGAAAACGCAGCCUUACUUUUUUGCUUGUGGAGAGCAUGGAGGCAUUCAUUGCAACAAUGGUACCAUGAAGUUUGUUGUCAUGCCGCUCAAACGUUGGCCUUACUGACUUGUUGCUUCAAACUUGAUAGAGAAUUAUAUUCCAACGCAAAACAUGAUACUAGUAUUUUUUAUUUUUUUUUCCAUAUUACUUUGUUUGGAACAAAUAACGAGUGGUAAUGUUGAGUAGACUUAAUUAUUAUUAUUUAUUAGAUAUUGAAAUUUUAGUUUUGUUCUGUGAAGAUUGGAGUUUUGACUAUAAAAGGAUUGAUAAUGAGAUAUAUAUGUAAUUAUUUCCGGA